AUGUAUUCACAAUUAAAAAAAGUCGACUUGCUUUUAGGAGCUGAGCAUGUAAAUAUUGGGUUGUGUUUACCGUUGCGCGACCUAGGAUCCGCAAAUAAUAUGCCGCAAGAUUCGAAAUAUCUGCUAAUUAGGUAUUCAUCUGUGGUUUUGAGGAAUUUGAGGAUAUUGGACUAUGAUUUUGACACACACAACGUUCCUAAACAGGCAGAUUCAUUUUCAUCUUUUUUCAAAAUAUCCCGCAAAGUAGAGUUUAUACAUAUACUCCACUUCUUAUUUCGGACUCUAAACCCUGUGAAAUAUGAUACGGAAUUAAGGGCGUUUCUAGGUCCUAAAUCUGAUGUUGGGUUCAAGAAUGCUACUUACCGCUGGUUACGCAUUUUGUCAGCUGAGUUUCCUAAAGUGAUCUCCAACUUUUUCGUCACUUGGGGUUGCCCUGCCGGUAUUGGCGUUAUGCGUCUUCUGGCUAAUCUAUCUUCUUAUGUCUUAGUAAUUUCAAACGGCAUGUUAUCCUUCAACAAACAAAUCAUGGAAAAUGAUCCUGACUGUGAAUGGAUGUCAUUCAACUCUAUAGAAAGUGUUCAGCGCAAUCUAGAACAUUCACUUUCCCAUAUUAUUUCGGGAGAUCUGCUCCAAAGGGAACUUCAAAAAGGAUCUGAAGCUCUGGAUGUUGAAGUUCAGCAUGCAUCAGAAGAAAUUUUGAAAUUCAAGCACCUCAUUGUUUCAGAUUCCGAUUUACGAAAUAAUAUGAACGAUACGCAAUUGUUUUCUCUUUGUUCUGAUAAAACCAUUGGACUCCCGGAUGAACUAAUUGCUUAUCAAUUGGAGUUAACAAAAAAAGUAUCCACUUUGAAACAACAAAUUAAAACGUACUUAGACAGACACAAGCCGUCUUUACUGCAGUUUAACAAUAUACUGGAUAGUUUAAAUGAUCAUAAACCGUUUACUCUAAAUGGUUCCAAGAUGAGAUUUCUACAGUCAGGAAACAUAUUGUCAUCAUAUUUAAAUGACAAUACCAAGGAAGAACUAAAGCAAAUAAAUGGCAAAUUAAAUUUUCAUUUAUUUCUGCGCCAUUCAAUGAUGCUUUUACAAAUGGCUUUCAAAUCUUACAAUCCUUGUUUUACAAAUGAUAAAUUUCAAGAAUUAUCUUCUUCACAGUGUAGUUCAUUGAAUCAAAAUAGUUCAUCAGAUUGUCUUACUGUAUUUAAACAAGCUGUUGGUCAGUUUUACUCUCAAACAUCUAUCGAUUCUAAUUUCUCAACACAUUCUGAGAAGGAACUCUGUCAGUUAAUGAAUGAAAUGCAUAGUAGUAUUGAUAAAUUACAAUUGGAACUAAAAGAUGAGUGGCUUCGGGAAUCACAACUGAACAUAAAAUUUCCAGAACUUUCAGCGACCUAUUCGACCAUAUCUCAACCUUGCAUUUCUUACGAAACAGGUGAUGAGUAUGAUGUAAAUAACAAGUUUAAUAACACUUUUGAUAUAUCAGCGGAAAGUACCCUAAAUAAAACAGAUGAGGCGUUACCUGAAUCUUCUCACCAGUUGUUUAAAAAGUCACCAGCAAGGAGUAAUUUACAGUUCAACUUUCCUGAUGAAUCCACCUACAAGCAUUCAACAUCAUCACUUAAAUGUAGUCCAGUUAACGAUCCUAGAAUGAACUUCUUGGGUCUAAAGAAAGGAAACUAUUUGAAAGUUGAUCAUGCAAUUUCUAAUUCGUUAUCUCCACCCCGCACGCGAGAAAUUGAAAAUACUUUGCAAAAUCUAAGUAUAAACUCACCAGAAAAUGUUCUUACCGAUAAAAUGUGUACGGAAGUUAUGUCCAGUACAACUGAUAUGUUAAAAAUGAAGGGACUUGAUUAUUGUAAAGAUAUUUUGAAAACCCAGUUUCCUGUCACAUCAUUAGUUCCGCAUAAAUCACCUUCAAUAAAAUAUUCUUUAAAAGAUCUAUCCAAUAUACCAGUAUCUAUACCACCUACUUUACAAUCACUCUUUUCUACUAUGGAAUUAAAAGAAUCUCACUUGUGUACUACGACAAAUAGCAGCUUCAAUCUAAUUGAUGAUGAUCUGGAAUUUCUCAAUGAUCUGCUUCCAUCGUCUCCAAACUGA